AUGGUGUUGGAGCUGUGUGGAGCCACACAGUCAUGGAGCGGUGGGAGGCGUAGCUGCCUGGUGAUGGAGAAAGGAGCUGAGCUCUGCUUUCCACAGCUCCUCAACAAUUCCUGCAUCAAGCCGACACUUCACUGGUCCAAAGCUGUGCUCCUGAACAUUGUGCUGUCGUGCAUCUCUUUCAUCACUGCUGGUCUCAAUCUUCUUGUCAUCAUCUCAGUCUCCCAUUUCAGGCAGCUCCACACGCCCAGUAACGUCCUCCUCCUCUCUCUGGCUGUGUCAGACUUUCUUGUUGGUUUCCUGUUAAUUCCAGCUGAGAUUUUUAGAAUCACAGUCUGCUGGGUAUUUGGUGAAUCCAUGUGUUCACUUUAUACAUAUCUAGGCUACAUUGUUGUAACAUCUUCAAUAAGUAACAUAGUUCUCAUAUCAGUUGAUCGCUAUGUGGCAAUUUGUGAUCCUCUGCAUUACCCCAGCAGAAUUACUGUGGCAAAAAUCAAACUUAGUGUUUGUCUGUGUUGGUUUUAUUCGGCUUUCUACAGCACUCUUUGUACAAAGAAUAUCCUGAUUAAACCAGGCAGGUAUAAUUCCUGUUAUGGAGAGUGUGUGUUUAUCACCAGUGAUAUUGCUGGCAUAAUUGACCUUGUUUUAUCUUUUAUUGUACCAGUUUCCAUCAUCAUAGUUCUCUAUAUGAGAGUAUUUGUGGUGGCUGUGUCUCAGGCUCGCGCCAUGCACUCUCAUGUUACAGCUGUCACACUUCAGCGUUUAGUGAAUCAAACAAACAAAUCUGAGUUGAAAGCAGCCAGGACUCUGGGGGUUCUUGUAGUUGUGUUUCUGGCCAGUUUCUGUCCAUUUUAUUGUUACUUUCUUGUUGUAGAAGACAUAGUCAGUGAUUCAUCUGCCUCUAUUGUGGUCAUUGUCUAUUAUUUUAACUCUUGUCUAAACCCACUAAUCUAUGCCCUGUUUUACCCUUGGUUUAGAAAUGCUGUUAAAGUCAUCAUCACUUUUCAGAUAUUCAAGCAUGACAGCAGUGAGGUCAACAUACUAUAG